CGCGAGAGCCUGGCCGCGCGCGAGCAUUUUCCGUCGACCCCAGCAGAAAGCACGUGAGGUGCGGAAGCCGAGAGUUCAAGGAAGUGAGCGAGCGAGCGAGCCGCUGACCGGCCGACUUAACGAAACGAAGGUACGACGCGCGGGCUUCGAAGCACGCAAUCGAAAGCGACGCGACGACCGGGAUUUUCACCGAGCCGAGCGGAGUUUCACUUCUAACCUGAAUUCAGCCGAGGACAAGCGGGUGUGCGUAUACGUGUGUGUUGCCUCGACUCAUAACGACUUGUCAUCAUCAUCGUUGUAUCGGCGAACGCUGGACAGUUACUCCACCAGAGUCAUCGCGGAAGCGCGUCGCGUGCGGCUACGCGACUGCUAUAUUGUGGCAGGCUGUGGCAGGCUCGAGCGUUGUCAGGCUGACUGUAUAGACCCCGCGGGAAAAAGAGAAAGAGAGGAAGAGCAUUCUUGAAAAGGAAAGAACGUCCCACGACUCGACAAAGAUGUGGCCAAAGGAUGUCGGCAUCCGGGCUUUAGAGGUCUACUUCCCGGCGCAGUACGUGGAGCAGACGGAGCUGGAGGCGUACGACGGCGUGUCGGCGGGCAAGUACACGAUCGGCCUGGGCCAGUCGCGAAUGGGUUUCUGUAACGAUCGCGAGGACAUCAACUCGCUGUGCCUCACCGUUACCUCCCGGCUGCUGGAGCGUUAUAAAAUCAAGCCGCAGGACAUCGGCCGCUUGGAGGUGGGCACCGAGACCAUCCUCGACAAGAGCAAGUCGGUGAAAACCGUGCUGAUGCAGCUGUUCGAGCCACACGGUUGCACCGACAUCGAGGGCGCGGAUACCACCAACGCCUGCUACGGCGGCACCGCCGCGCUCUUCAACGCCAUCGCGUGGGUGGAGAGCAGCGCCUGGGACGGCAGAUUUGCCCUCGUCGUUGCAGCUGACAGCGCGGUAUACUCCACGGGCAGCGCUAGGCCUACGGGCGGUGCGGGCGCGAUAGCCAUCCUGGUAGGUCCGGAUGCACCACUCGUGUUCGACCGUGGCCUCCGAGCGUCCUGCAUGAGGCACGCCUACGAUUUUUACAAGCCAAACAUGCGCUCCGAAUAUCCCAUGGUAGACGGCAAGCUGUCGAUCCAAUGCUACCUCAGCGCUCUGGAUAACUGCUAUCAGCUGUACUGUGAAAAAGUCAAGACGAGUAAGCCCUGUGAAAGCCCCGUCACUUUGACCAACUUUGACGCGAUACUCUUUCAUUCACCAUACUGCAAACUCGUGCGGAAAUCGUUCGCGAGGCUGGCCUUUAUCGAUUUCCUUAACACGCCGGAGAAUCAGAUUCCCGAUGGUUACAAGGACGCAUUGAAGUUCCGCACUGCCAAGCUCGAGGACACUUACUUCAGUCAGGACAUCGAGAAGACGUUCAUGCAACUGAGCAAGGCGGACUUCGAGCAAAAAACUCAGCCCAGCUUACUAAUAGCGAAUCAAGUUGGAAACAUGUAUACACCAUCGGUGUACUCCGGUUUAGUGUCAUUACUUAUAUCAAAGCCGAUAAAUGAAUUGGCAGGUAACAAGGUCGGCGUAUUUUCCUACGGCUCGGGCCUCUGCUCCAGUUUGUACUCGUUGACGAUAGCGAGGGACACGCGCGAAGGUUCUGGCUUGUCGAAAAUCAUCAGCGCUCUUUCCUACGUCAAGUCGCAGUUAGAAGGACGUCAUUGUGUUUCUCCGAAGGAGUACACCGAAGUUCUGGCGGCAAGAGAACGGAAUUGCCAUGUUGUGCCAUUCACUCCGCAGAGUAGUAUAAACGACAUGUUUCCGGGCACAUACUACUUAACACAAGUAGAUGAACAGUACAGGAGGACUUACAAGAGAGUAUGAGAGUUAGAUUUCAAGGUUUAGGAUUGUUUAUAGCCAAUUUUAUUCUAUAAA